AUGUCACGAGAAAUACGGUACGUGCGUCAUGCAUAUCCUAUGACAAGCAACGCAGGUCUAAAGCCAUGGCUGAACUGUAUACUACUAGGCCCUGUCAUAAGAUACACUCCGAACACCGUCAUGUGGAACAAUACGACAGGGCUGAGAGAUAUCUACGGCGUCCGAAGGAAAGUGCACAAGACAUCGAACUAUCGAUUCCUCGACCAGGGAGUUGCAAAUAUCCUCACCUUAUCGAAUAAAGACGUACAUGCAAGUCGCCGUCGGUUACUGAAUAGCCGUUUCACGGACAAGACGCUGAAGGAAUUUAAACCCAGAUUAUUGUAUCAUGUGCAGAAGCUUUGCAAUGCGCUGAACCCUUCACAAACCUCUUAUUCAGGGUUGUGA